AAGGAGCAAUUCCUGCGCGACUUAUCGCCGAUUCCGACGCCAACCACUCCCCAGUCGGGCAGCGCUCGGACGCCCACAACCCCCACAUACGGCGGUUCGGGGUAUCGGUUCGCAGGGGUCGAGCGCUUAAAUCAGAGGCAAAAGAUUUAUGAGCCGCAGAUCCCACUGAUCUCUUCACCCGAUUCACGUCAAGAGAACUUAUCACUCAACGCCAAACGUGAUUUGUUUUUUCGUGAUAACCCGACGACAAACAACUCGAUCGUGAACUCCAGUCCCGUUACUAAAGACAUCUAUUUGUCGAGAGAUAGGGAUCGCGUCGACAAUAUGACACAUACGGCUCGUGUAGACGAUAAUAAGCCGGUUCUCGCCAAAGACUCGGAUGUCUUCGUCGGCUUCUCUGAUCUUCCGAAUCAGAUCCACAGAAAGACUGUUAAAAAAGGCUUUGAAUUUACUUUAAUGGUCGUCGGAGAGUCAGGUCUCGGAAAGUCUACUUUAGUUAACUCAAUGUUUUUGACGGAUAUCUACUCCGAUGAAUAUCCGGGUCCGUCAAAGAGGGCCUCAAAGACCGUUGAGGUCGAGACCACUAAAGUGUUGCUGAAGGAGAAGACAGUGAAUCUUCACCUAACGAUUGUCGAUACGCCUGGCUUUGGGUGCGCUGUCGACAACACUAACUGUUGGCAACCGAUCACUGAUUUCAUUGAGAACCGAUACGAAGAGUAUCUGAACGCCGAGACUCGUGUCCAUCGGACGCACAUUCAGGAUAAUCGGGUCCAUUGCUGCCUAUAUUUCAUACAACCUUCUGGUCAUUCACUAAAGCCUCUGGACAUUGAGUUUAUGCUUCAUUUACACGAUAAGGUGAACAUCAUUCCAGUGAUCGCCAAAGCAGACACUCUCACACCAGAGGAAUGUCUUCAGUUCAAGAAGAAUGUAAUGAACGAAAUCAGUAAACAUAAGAUCAAAGUCUAUGAGUUUCCCGAAUGCGAUGAAGAAGAAGAGGGAAAGACUCAAAAACAACUGAAGAAUCGGAUCCCAUUCGCUGUCGUCGGCAGUAAUUACAUAAUCGAAGCGAGUGGAGAGCGCAAGAGAGGCCGGAAAUAUCCCUGGGGUUGUGUCGACAGUGAGUUGCCGUUUAUGAUCUUUCAAUAG